CUUUUUCUAUCGUCUAAUCAGAAGGGAGAGAACUGCGAGUACUUCCUGAUCAACUCUUCCCUGUGAUACAGCUCAGCUGACCUGCAGACAUGGUAAACACUUUUCUAAAUCUUAUCUCUGAACUCGACUAUGGUGACUUUAAAACCUUGUCAUUCUCAGGAUAUUUAAAUCGCAUGAUUGUUUUACGUCUCUUGUAUGUUUUGACACCGACUCUUCCAAAGUAUAGUCGACCUGUAAUGGCUAGCAGGCUAAGCUAGCUAGUAUCUUAUAUUGAUGUACAUCGUUACGCUAGACAUGUGAUGUGUAAGGAUUAAAUGAUAACAUAAUAAGGACCCAAACUUAGUGUAUGAUACUCUUUGUUUCGCAGCGGUUUCGUUUCUGUGGAGAUCUGGACUGCCCGGACUGGGUCCUUGCUGAAAUUAGCACCUUGGCAAAGAUGGUGAGAAUGAAACAAGGUCCAACACAGAAGGAUAAGAUGUACGGUGUUUUAGUGUUAGUCUAACGUGUGUUUGUGUGUGUUUUCUGUCCUCUUAUUGCAACAGUCGAGUGUGAAAAUGAAACUCCUCUGUGCUCAAGUGCUGAAGGAUUUGCUGGGUGAAGGCAUCGAUGUAAGUGUUGAGUAUAUUCCUACAUAAAGUUGACUCUUCAGUAUUCACACACUGACAGCAGCUGCUUUCUUGUCUUUUUCCCCCAGUAUGAUAAGGUUUCAAAGCUUACUGCAGAUGCAAAGUUUGGUAAGUUGAAGAAUAUUUAAGUAUAUCAUGAAAAAUACAUUUCUCCCUUCUUUUUGUGUGCUAAAAGCUGAAAUUUGUGUUGAUUUGCAUGUGCAAAGGUAAAACACAGGACAUAAAAACCAUGAUACAUAAUUUAAAUAGACUCACUAGAGCUGGAUGAGACAGGGCUUUAAAGGGAUAUUCUGGCGUAAAAUGAAGUUAGGGUCAUAAAUGAUCAUAAAUGUUCUUCCUUGAGCUGCUUCACCCCGCUGUAGUCAAUGGACUUACCUGGAGGUCUCUGUACAAACAAGCGGCUGCUGGAAGAGAGUAAGUAAGUUAUGUUAAGUCUCUUGCUAAAGAAAUUAGGCAAAGCUAAAAAGAUGUUUGGUGGCUAGUACUAUGGCUGGGACCCUUUAUGUACUGUUGAUGAAGUUAGGUGCUGUUCUGAGCAUUAUUUGUGGCUAUAGAGUGGCGUUUUGGUUGAGCGCGUGGCUCUCAGUAUUGCGAACUGCAGUCAUUACUAAAGUUGGUAUAACUAAAGAAGCACAACGGGGUGUCUCACUCAGUAUUAUGGUGUGUUUGACCCUAAGUUAAUUUUACGCCAGAAUAUCCCUUUAAAGUGUUUCAGAGAAAACUGUUUUUUUCCCUUCUUUUUGUGUGCUUAAAGCUGAAAUUUGUGUUGACUUGCAUGUGCAAUGGUAAAACACAGGUUGACAUGGAAUAGAGGACAUAGAAACCAUUAUACAUAAUUGAAAUAGACUCACUAGAGCUGGAUGAGACAGGGCUUUAAUGUUCAUAUCGAUGUUGUCAUCAUGAGUUUUAUGAGAAGACACAAGGUCCAUGAAAAGAAACAGAUGGGUUGGAAAAAUCAUAUUUAAACAGUCCUCAAAGUUCUCACUACUUUUAGGCAUCAGAGAUUAUGGAUUUUUCUUAACCCUUUUACAAAGUAACAUUUAGCAGACACUUAUAUCCUAAGUGACGUGCAUUCAAGAGCAAGAACACAAGCAGAGAUCCAGACAAGAACAAACUAGAUCAGUAAAAGCCACAAAGAGCUUCAAGUCCCUUUGAAUGCAGGUACUGCCAUGCAGUGUUAAAAGCAAUGCACAAAGUGUAUAAAAGGAUUUCCUUUGCACAUUAGACUCACUACCUUUGUUCUUUAAAGCAGUAACUAAAAGUGGAAGUUUUAAUAGAUGGCUGUGGACAUCCAACAAUUUCCAUCAAGGCGUUGGCCUUUCUGUGAGGCAGUUUCCCUCCUACUGGUACUCUUUGAAGUGGCAACACCUAACAUCUUAGCACAGAGAUACUCCACUGCAAAAAAGGACCUCCAUUAAAAUGUAUUCUAACAAGAAAGUAAAUUAGCUCAAGCAAGAAUUGUACAUGGGAAGUGUCAAAAGUAACACUACUUGUUUUUAUUGUUAUAUAGUAAAAAGCUGAUAAUGAUUAUUGAGCUGUGAAAUUCCUCUAAAUGUUUAAAGUGGAAAACCUUCAUUUACAGGGUAACUGGUAAGCUCCUUAAAUAAAUGCAGAGAAAAAGGAAUCAGUGUAGAUUAUUAUGGAGGAUUAAUAAUAAUCUAUAUAACUGAUAUUCCACUUCUGCUGUCCCUGCACUUAAGUCCACCUUUGAUUAUUUACACUUAGGCCCAUAACUCUGUCAUAUUAUAAUAAACAAUAUGACAUGCAUUCAUGACAUUAAUCUGUUUUUGCAGAAAGUGGAGACAUCAAAGCUAGUGUGGCAGUUCUCAGCUUCAUUUUGUCCAGUGCAGCCAAACACGAUGUUGACAGUGAAUCUCUGUCCAGUGAGCUGCAGCAGCUCGGUCUGCCCAAAGGUGAGUCCACUGGAGCUCCUCAUUUUCUGUCUGAAAAUGUAACAUGUGUUACAUCAUCUCAGAAAGUGCGCACACGCACGAAGAAUGAGUCAUUGCAUGAACAAAUAACUCUAUUCUAGAUACAUAACUAGAUCCAAAAACAAAGCCUAAUGCAUAUUACAAGAGUCUACUGCAUUGUUUUAAUAUCUGUUAUAUAAAUCAUACAAAAGAGGAGAACCUCUGCUCAGCCUGCCCUUGAAGGGAACUUGGUGAACAAUGAGAUGUCUAAAACAAUGCUGCUGGGUGGAAGUUGUGUGUUGUGUGGUGUACUGUGACAUUGAUCCACAAAUAAAAGCAAACAAAUGACUGAGCGUUUGCCAAAUUUCUGCUCUUGUGCAGAUGUGAAUUUGUGUAUUUUCAGAUAUUUAUAUUUCUGUGGAUAUUAUACUCCUCACAGCUGUCAGCUCAUGUGGUGUUUAUGGUUUUGAACAUGCUUUGACAGCUUUUUGAGACAUGUCUAAGUCGUAACAUCUAUCUUCUCUUAAAGAACACACAACAGGGCUCUGCAAAUCAUAUGAAGACAAACAUGCUGCACUGCAAGACAAGCUAAGAGAAACAAGCUUGAGAUGUAAGUGUUUUUGUCCGUCUUUCCCUUUUAAAGGAAGAAGGCAAAUAUAUCUGCUGACUGAACACUGACUGCAGGGUGUUGUCUGCUGUGUAAUGAACUUUUAGUGGGGCGACUGGAGGCUGUAUCCUGGCGUGUGGACUACACUCUCAGCUCCAGUGAGCUUCGAGAGGUGAAUGCCCCAAUGAUUCAGCUCAAACUGCAGGCACAAGGAGCAGAGUCAGGCGCCACGGAGACGACUGUUGUUUCGGUUCCUGCUGACAAGUUCAGAGUCCUGCUUGCUGGUUAGUUCUGCACCUUGUCUGAUCUUUUGCCAGAAAUACCGCAUUCACACUGUUUUAGAAGCUGGAUUUUGUGUCUCAUGUGUCUUUACAGAGCUCAAACAAGCCCAGGCGAUGAUGAAUGAGCUACAGUAAAGAAGAGAGGAGUCAGACGACCACACAGACAUGACCUGAGAGGCUGCUCUUCAGAAGUCAUGUGAAGCGCUCAUUCCUUUUGGACAGACUGAUGUAUUUUUCUAACACACUUGUUGAAAUGUUUCCAGGAUGGGUGAGUUUUCACCCAAACAAGAACAAAAAAUGACCAUUUUUGUACAGUAUUGUAAAAAUCUUUACACAUUUUACUUGAAUGAUGUUAAAAUAUUUGUAUUUUCUCUUCUCGUGGUUUUAAUUAUGCAAUAAAAUGAUCAGUAACACUGAA